CCUAUUGUCUCAACGGCGCUGGACGCAAGUCGAACGGCGAAAACGACCACCAGGUCUGCGGCUUCUAGCACCUUCUCUCCUUUUACUACGAUAUCGCAACCAUGGGCGUGGACGACAAGUGGAUUGGCCUUGCUUUAGCCAUCUCCAGCUCAAUGGCAAUUGGAAUGAGCUCUAUCAUCACCAAAAAGGGACUGAAUGCAGCAGCAGCAGAUAAUACAUACGGAGACGUAGCUUCUGAUACUUUGUCUUACCUCAAAAAUCCUAUAUGGUGGGCGGGAAUGUCUACACUAAUACUUGGCGAAGUCGCGAAUUUCGCAGCCUACACGUUCGCUCCGCCUAUCCUUGUCACACCGUUGGGUGCACUGAGUGUUCUCAUUGGUGCUGUAUUAGCUUCAUUCCUUUUGCACGAAGAGUUGGGUCAUCUCGGACGGGUUGGAUGUGGCCUUUCUCUGAUUGGGUCAUUGAUCAUCGUACUCCAUGCCCCAGAAGACACCCCAAUUGAUACUGUUGAUCAGAUUCUGGGUUAUGCUGUUCACCCUGGCUUCCUCCUAUACAUCCUUACUGUCCUUGUGUUUUCCAUGGUUAUGAUCUAUAGCAUCUCGCCACGCUACGGACGGUCUAAUCCCGUCGUCUACAUAUCCAUUUGCUCGUUGGUCGGCUCAGUUUCUGUCAUGGCCAUCAAAGGCUUUGGUGUCGCAGUGAAGCUCACCUUCAGUGGCAAAAACCAAUUCAUCUAUCUCAGUACCUACGUCUUCGGGAUUGUCUCCCUUUUGUGCAUCCUUGUACAGAUGAACUACUAUAAUAAGGCCUUGGACACAUUUUCUGUGAAUAUCGUCAACCCCAUGUACUACGUCGGCUUCUCCUCAGCAACAAUCGUUGCAUCCCUCAUCCUUUUCCAAGGCUUCAAUACUGAUGACACCACCAACACCGUGUCGCUUCUCUGCGGUUUCAUCGUCACCUUCCUUGGUGUUCAUGUUCUCAAUCUUUCCCGCAAAGAACAAGAAGCCAUUGCGGAUGCUCCCCAAGCGAUUCCAGGUCACCGACGCCGGGUUAGCUUAACUGGACGCUUAUCCAUCGACGGAUGGCACGGUAUCGUUGAACAUCACAGCUCUACCCCUGGCCCAGUUGGCGGUCACGGCCGCCGAAGCUCAUUAUACCGUGCACAAAGCCAUACCCUAUUCAAUGCUUUCGAAGGUAGUGAUGAUGACGUCAGAAGAGGAGGCGUUCGAGAAAGUGUUGGUUUGCAUCAGUUGCGAGAAGAAGAUGAGUACGACGAGCAUGAAGAUGCGGAUGAAAGAACCCAUCUACGGUCUUCUACGCCGAGGAAUGGUGGGCUGCAAGCUUCUGCUGGGAGACAUACACCGAGGAGAAGUGGUUCUGGAUCACCGGUAAAUCCCCAUAGUCAUCAAGCACAAUCCUUGGGAGACGUGCGGUUGUCGCCUAGUCCUAGACCUGUAUGAUUCUUCUAGUCAUGGGGGGGAGGGGGUCAGCAUGGACGUUAUUUAUCGGCAUCGAGUACUUCUUUAUUAUCUCUAUCAUACAUAGACACAGGGAACACUUACGGACCGCAGGGGUACCCUUUCGCUUCACGUCCAUGUGGCUUCCCUCUACGUAAGUCUAACUGUUUUCCUCUCAGAAAAGAGAAACACAGGCGAACUACUGAUGAGC